AGGAGGAAGGAAACUGCAGGCUUCUAACGACCUCCUACACACGGUAAAUCUGGGGCUGCAGCAAGACUGCGACCACCGGCAGGAUAUCGAACACGGUUUCACUCGGCACUGGAUGUUUCCGACACACUCCGUCGGGUUUGGACCAACAAGAUGUGCCGUAGGAACGGUCAUUGGAGGGAUCCCGUCUGGGCACCGACACCGAACAUAAGUUCCGCUAGUGGUUGGUGUGUUCUGCGGGGCUAACGGAGCCAUCUGGGGCCUUAGGGGGGAACAGUUUGCAUUCGAGCGCAGUCUGUGUUUAUAUCUCUAUUGGGGACAAAAUGGAGUCCGACGAGCUGCUGGGUCUGGACCUGAGCUCAGCGGGGCGUUCAGGGGCUGCGAGACGUUUUGGUUGCACAGAGAGAAUUGAAGAGAAAGGGAGUGAUGCCUCAGAAGCACUGUGCCAGUGAUGAGAGCCGUGCCAAGUGUCCUAGCUAACAACUACCGGCUUACGAACGGCUUCUAAUCAAUAACAGCAUUGGUGUCUCGUUGUGGGAAACGCCUACAGACCCGAGACAGCAUUAAGAAGCGCGCACCAGGCUCCAACAAUGACCGAGCUGGGGGACGCAGCAGGUGUCCCCGGCUCCUCCGGACUGAGCUUCACUGCGGGCAGAGGACUCCCAGGCCGCGUCAGGAGCUUGGCCUCCCCGCCUCCCCCUGGAAGACUGACGUCCCUCAGAACCAGGGACCUGACGCUGGGGGGAGCCCUUAAGAAAACAAAGAAAACCUUUGAGCCUAAUGUCCACGCUGUCAGGAAAAGUAAAGAUGAGUUAAAGGAAGAGGUCCAUGUGGUUCCUGAAAAGGAGAGAAGACAUAGAGAUGAGAGGAGGAGAGAGAACAGAAGGAGGAGGAAAGAGAAGCCUCAGACCAUCCAAUCUCACUCCAUCUUUGAACAGGGUCCUGCCGACACUGUGCGCAAAACAGGGUGGCGUGGUGUUACAGAUGUGCAUGACUCUACUACCUCUCCUGUCUGCAAGCUGGUGAAGAAAGAGAGGAAAGAGUCAGAGGACGAUGAAGAUGAAAACAAGAUACUCAGUAUACUACAGAGAGAUGACUUUAUAGAUGAUCCAGGUCUGAGGAAUGAUGCCAAGCUGAAGCCCAUCCAGCUGCCUCUUUGUCAGUCCAGCAGCUUUACCAAGUGUCAGACACUGACCACCACCACAUGUUUAGAGAACCCCCCUCUGUUCAGGCCUCCAUCCUUUGGAGUUAUGAGUAGAGCAAGCCACAGCAGGAAUGAGCUGCCCACACCAGAGAAGCUGACCUUGGGAGAACUGCUGCAGGAUCUCAGCCUGUCUGGCAGAGAGGAGCUUUUCUUCAUGCAGUUGCCUGACUGUAUGCCGGACAGAGCAUGUGGACUGAAGGUCGACCCCACUCAGGGAUCUACAGUAGAGAAAUCUGCAAAGAAGGAAGGCAAGCUUGAAGACAAGAGGACUGCAUACCUUCAAGCACAAGAGGCUGUGGUGAAGGAAGGCUGUCCUGUGCUCUCACAGUUCCCUGAAGGAUUAUUGGGUAAACUGCAGAUCAGGAAGUCAGGAAAGGUGGAGCUAAAGCUGGGUGACAUCGUCAUGGAUGUCUCAGAGGGAGCGGCAUUCUCCUUCUUGCAGCAACUGGUGUCUGUGCGUCUGUCUGAGGGGCGAACUGGAGACAUGAUGGUGUUGGGAAACGUACACCACAAACUGGUCUUAUCUCCUGAUUUCCAGGCUUUACUGGGACAAGCUUCAACACAGCAGCCACAGGGCCCCUAAUCUCAAAUACUGCACAAGGACUGAGCAGAGGUGAUAUUACAGACUCUGUCACACAAGGAGCGAUUCAUUUAAUCUGAUGGGGUGUGUUGCUUGGUUACAACACCAACAGAUCACUGUGGAGGGAGUAAAAUGACAGUCACGUCUCUGCUAUGAGGGUUUAAGGGCAGCUAUAAAGGUUACCAUCAAGGUAACUUACUUUUAUAUUUUUUCUGUAAAAUCUUUGAAAUAAAUCUAUUUGAUAAUCCUGUUUGAAAAACAA